UCUCAUAUUUCUACCGUCAAAACCAUUCCUAGUUUCCCACACACUUCCUCUCAUCCCCUCUUUUUUCUUUCCAAUCCAUUUCCUCCUUUUCUCUUUCCUCUCAUUUUAUCUUCCCACGCAUUUCACGCUGUUUACUCAUUAAUUCCUCCCAGCCGCCACUCUCACUUCACGUGUUUCAUUUCUUUCUCAAUACCCACCUGAAUAGUAUUAAUUUAUUUUCAAAAUGAUGAAUUUUUGGUGUUCAAAUGAUAUUAAUGGAUCAUUAUCAUCAUCUUCUUCUCCUUUACUUAUGGAUUCUUUCCCACCUUCUUCUAAUUCUGCACAAGACACACUUCAUACCCGUCUUCAAGCUUUGAUCGAUAACCCGGUUACCUUCCGGGGUGAAACCUGGACUUACGCCAUUUUUUGGCAGUACAGUUUUGAUUAUUCGGGUCAAGCUUUACUCGGGUGGGGCGAUGGGUAUUACAGAGGGGAGGAGAAUAAAAGCCGGAAAGAUAGUAAUAAACCUGCUAGUAAUCGAAUUUCCCAUGAUUUGGCAGAGCAAGAACAUAGAAAACGUGUUCUCCGUGAGUUGAAUUCACUCAUCUCCGGAGCUCCGGCACCGGAAGAUUCGGCAGUUGAGGAAGAAGUUACUGAUACUGAAUGGUUCUUCCUCAUUUCUAUGACUAAUACUUUUGCUAGUGGUGAGGAUCUUCCGGGUCAAGCCCAUUUUAGUUCUACCCCUAUCUGGGCUGCGGGUAUGGAGCGGCUUUCUUCUUCUCCUUGUAAUCGGGCCAAACAAGGGUCGUGUUUCGGGCUUCAAACUAUGGUGUCCAUACCCGUGUUGAAUGGUGUUCUUGAAUUGGGGUCUACAGAGGUGAUUUUUCAGACCCCUGAAUUGAUGAAUAAAGUUCGGAUUUUAUUCUGUUUCGGGUCUGGGUCCGGAGCUGGUGACCCGAGUGCUUGGUCUGUACCCAUACCGGUUCCUAUUCAGACGCCGGUUCCAUCUUCGGAAAGUGACCCGACCGCGAUGUGGAUCAAUGACCCGAAUCCUCCGGAAGUUGUGAAGGAAAUAAGGAAAACUCCAACGCCGCCGCCCCCUCCGCUACCGCAACCCAAACUGAUUAAUUUGGAUACUCCAAUUAAGAAUGACAACCCGGGUGAGAUUCAAAAUACCCAGCAGAAAUCUGGGUUUUUUUCCAAAGAGUUGAAUUUUUCAGAGUAUGCUGGGUUUACUGGAAAUGGGUCUAAACCCAACGGUGUAAAACCAAAAUCCGGUGAGAUUUUAAGUUUUGGUGGUAAUGGAAGUGUAAAACCCGAAUCGAAAUUUGUUAUGGAGGAUACCACCGACAAGAAGAAACGAUCCCCGAAUUCCAGAGGAAGUAAUGAAGAAGGAAUGAUGUCAUUUACAUCUGGGGUUAUAUUAGCAUCAUCAGCAGUAAAAUCAAGCAACAAUGGCGGAAUUGAUUCAGAACAUUCAGAUUUAGAAGCGUCAAUAAAAGAAGUUGACAGUUGUAGAGUAAUUCCUGAACCCGAAAAACGUCCUAGAAAACGAGGUCGAAAACCAGCUAAUGGAAGAGAAGAGCCAUUAAAUCAUGUUGAAGCGGAAAGACAACGUCGUGAGAAGCUAAACCAGAGAUUCUACGCUUUACGAGCUGUCGUUCCUAAUGUUUCAAAAAUGGAUAAAGCGUCGCUUUUAGGCGACGCUAUUUCCUACAUUAAUGAACUCAAAUCAAAGCUUCAAAACUUCGAGUCGGAGAAAGAAGAGUUAGUGACGCAAAUGGAAACGUUAAAGAAGGAAUUAGUGACACUUCCGCCAUCGCCACCAAACAUUGAGAAGGGACAGAAUGUAUUAACCGGAAAACCGCUAAUUGAUUUAGAGGUUGAUGUGAAGAUAAUUGGAUGGGAAGCCAUGAUUAGAGUUAAUUGUAACAAGAAAAACCAUCCUGCUGCAAGAUUAAUGGCUGCUUUAAAGGAUUUAGAUUUGGAUGUUUCUCAUGCUAGUGUUUCAGUUGUUAAUGAAUUGAUGAUCCAACAAGCUACUGUGAAAAUGGGUAAUAGGUAUUACAGUCAAGAUCAGUUAAGAAUUACUUUAGCUUCUAAAUUAUCUUAAGCUCAAGUUUAAUUUUGUCCAUAUUAGUGCAUCCUCGUUUACAGGUAUGUGUUGCCGUUUUCCUUUUCUCUCCAUCCAGACCUUGAUCAUAGCUUUUAUCAGCGGAAUACACCGAAUAUGAUGAUGACUGGUAUUGUACGAAGUAAUCAUAGUUUAGUAUGAUGUGAAUUUAGUUUUAAGAUUCUAUUUAUGUAAUUUAGAGGGAAAUAAGAGCUGGGUUUUGUAAUUUAUCAUGAAUAAUCAUGUGCCCUAAUUUAUGUAAAUGGGAAUAAGAACUUAGCUCCAAUCUUUCAAGUU